UACAGGUUGCACAGCAGUUAAGGAAUGCUAUAGAGACUGAAGACAACACAAAGUUUAGCACACUACGCAGAGAAGAAGCAACAAAAUGUUGGAUUAGUAAAGAAUGAAUGAAAACGAGAGACUAUGGAAAGACAAACAGCGGAGAGUGAUGAGCGGUGUGAUCCGCAGACUGGUAUUUCACUGCUGCAGGCUAUGCUGAUGAAACUGAAUACAGAUGAUAAUGUUCACCAUACAAAAAAACAUAAUGUACAAUCGAAUGCACACCCAGACACAGUCAGCAAAAGUGUGUCUCAACAUUUCUUGGAGUUGAAAGGAGAAAUAACAAAUAAAGAUGCAACUGAUUCAGAUUGCUCUGUAAGACCUGAUGGUGAUGAGGAGCGGCCAACUACUUCUGAAACUGAACAUGUCAAUGAAGCUGUAGAAGAGUUCAGAGGCUUUCCAGAAACGAUUCCUAAAUGGGAGGCAAGGGCAUUUCUUGCUAUCUCUUUGUCUGAAGAAACAGAGGGGGGUGAACCAAAAUUAGAGGACAGAGAGAAUAACGAGCUUGAUAUGGACGAGGACAUGGCUGGAGCUACAUUAAUGCUUAACAGUCAGAGUGAGGCACCUUCUAAACAAUCAUGUGAGAUCCCGUUUCAACUCUCAUUGUCCUCUGAAAGAGAUGACUUGGUACAGACAGAGAUUAAGGAUGCACUAGCAGAAGAGGCUUGUGUUUGUCCCCCAAAACCAAGCAGUGGUACAAGCAGUGUUUUAACUCCUGACAUUACAAGCAGGACAUCAAGGUCUGCUUCUGAACCAGUAGCCCACAAACCUAAGGAAGAGAGACCACUCUCAGCUCCAAUUAUUUCAUACCUACGGGAAUAUAAAGACAGUGGAGGCUUUGCAAAUGACAUGUCAAUGAACAACACCAGGAAAAUAAAUGGAUUGGAGGAUUCAUGCAUGGAAGAGGGCUUUGGGAUUGUGGAACAUGAAAAUUCCAAAAUGCAAAUGAAGGGAAAGAAAAACAAGAUGAAGUAUCUUGGUCAGAAACUGAUGGCAAGACUUAAAGAAAAACAUAAUAAGGAGCACACUGGCAUCAAGAGCAUCAACACCAGUGAAGAGGAACAAUCAUUGAGUUCGAUGGAGACAGAAGUUGAAGAACCAGUGAGUCCACCACCAGUACCCCCGAAAAAGGGGAAAUAUGUUUUCUUGGAAAGAACAUUUACUUUAAAAGACUUCAAACUCAACCUUGAACCAAUCAAUUUAAUGGAAGAAAUAUUCAUAGGGGAGGAAUGGCUGAAAUACCUACCCAGCAAAGCCACUCUACCUCAGAAAGACACUGGCGAACAAUCGAUUCCAGAAUUUCCAGAUAAUGUUCUGCAUCCAGAUAAGGACACUCAGGUUUAUGAAUCUCUGCUGACAACAGAGCAUGACCUAUCAGAGGACAGCCAGUACAAUCAGUCAGACACAGAUCAAGACAAUAUUAAUAUUACUCAGCUGGAAAAUGUAUCAAAAGUGAACAGACACUUGUGUGCAAUACCAGUGGAGCCGAAUGAAAACAUUUUUGCUAUUCCCAAGACACUACUAACAAAUAAUGUGAAUAAUCAAAGGACAUCUGGGUUAGUCUGUGAGUCCAACAAUUCUGAUGUCAUUAAUAACUGUAUGGGGGUGUACAUGAUUUCCAAACAUGACUUUCGAUUAUUGGACAGAAAGUCACAGGAUGUUCCUCUGGACUUUUCAACAGUCAAGUCAUUUGGAUUGCUGGACAACUCUGCUCUCAAGGGUCGAAUCCGUCUAAGCAAAAAGAGACCCCACCGACCACCCAAAAGAAACAAAAAUGUAAAGACAGAAAAGACAAACACCAAAUUCUACAAGAUUCCCAAAUCUUUUCUGAAUGAAUCCACUGUCGGGGCUUCCUCACUAAUUCCUUUUUCCACGUCUCCUCCACUGCAUUCACCACCGCAUCUCAACCAUUACCAAUGACUCCAUGACUGCUCCAUCAUCUGCAGUUUUCUGGUCAGCAGAGUCACAAUCAGCUGAAGAUACAUGUUGCAGUAGUUAGUUCAUUGUCCGACCACUGUAAUUUACUGUGUUAUAACAAACUGUGCAACCUGGUCUCAUUGUGAAAACAUGACUCUAUAUAAAUGUUUAGUAUACUUGUUAAGCGUGUCUCCAGAUACAUUUCCCUGCAGUUUCCAAGAGAAAUGAACACUAUAGGUGCAACAACAACAACUGUGUGUUUUAUUUACUUUCACUGAAAUCAUGACUUUAAUGGCUGUUUAUGACUUUAUAAAUACUUAUUUUUCUUUCUAUUACUCAGAUCCUGCUAUUUUAUGAUAUCGACACACUUUUACUCAAAUGCAUCUGUUGAAAAACAAAACAUGUUAAUGCUUUUAUUACAGACUCACCUACACACUUAUUCCCAUAAUGAUAUCUAGCUCUCCUGGUGUUGGACUUACAGUUGGAGGCCCGUGGUUCAAGUCCUGCCAUGAACUCAAGCUGACAUGUGCCAUUACAAUCAUAACGAAAUGAGGUUUGGCGCACCCAGCUUGACCUGCAACCAAAAGUUUAUACAGCACAUAUAUUUUCAAAAGAUUUUGUCACGUUCACCAUGCAAAUUUCAUGAGACCAGGCUGAAAAUGUGAUAUAAAUGUUUUAGUAUUAUAUAUAAUAUAUAAUUAAAUAAUUACUACAGUAGUAUUACAAAUAAUCACCACUGUAGAACUUUUUAUUUAUACUAUUAUAGUAAACAUUGUAUUGUAUAUUCCUGUCCACAUUAUAGAUUUUAUGCAUUACUUCCAGAUGAAGUUAAUAUUAAUAAACAAGGACUUAGGAAUAAACAUGUAGGUCAUAUAUUUAAAUGUUACAUUUAUAUAAAACGAAUGAUUCAUAACUGUUCAAUAAUUGUUCAUUAACUGUAGAGUGCUAUAAAGAAUUGUGCUUUUGUCCUUUGCUGGCCUUUAGAGUUGACUAAUUUCACUAAUGAAGUGCUUGAUGUGAAAAAUUCUAUCUAAUAAGUGAUGACCUAUGAUAAUGAAUAGUUAUAGAUACAUGAAAGGAUUCCUCUGAGGUGAAUAUUUUUUAAGAGAUCUUUGUGUCAUGUAAAAACAUUUGAUGUAGUUUGUGUUUUAUGGCAUAGCCAACGAUGCAAUUUCAGACAAAAAAGAAAUAAAAAAUGAUCAU